AUGACUGAACACAUUGACAGCAAUCAAAUUAACAGCAAUCUUCGUUGUCGUUUUGAUUAUUUAUCAAAGUUUCUUAACUUUACUUCGGAUGAUAUAGCAAUGCUUAAUAAAUUCGCAGUAAUCAUUCUACCACGUGUUCCAGUUAUUGUUGAUACUGUUUAUAGAAAAUUACUUUCAUUUGAUAUAACAAAACAAUAUUUUCUUAUACGUAAUGAUGGUUUUGAAGGUCAUUUAACAAAAAAAAGUACAAAUUUAACAGUUGAUUCAGCACAAAUGAAAUUUCGAAAAGAUAUGUUAAGUAUGUAUUUAAAACGUAUAUUAACACAAACAGAAUGGAAUGAAAUAUUUCUUCAAUAUUUAUCUCGUAUUGGAAAAAUGCAUACAAAUAAAGCUGGUUCAGCAUCAAUUAAUAUUGAUUAUAUACAUAUUAGUGCAUUAUUUGGUUUUCUUGAACAUUUACUUAUAGAUGCUUUAUGGACAAUGGAAAAUCUUGAUAAUAAAAAUAAAUAUGCAAUGUUUGCAGCAAUAAAUAAAUUAUUUUGGAUUCAAAAUGAUUUUUUUUCCAUGCAUUAUUUAACAUCAUGGAAUGAAAUUUCAACUUUAAAUGAUACACAAAUAAAAAAAAACAAACAUUGUUGUUUUUAG